AUGUAUGCCACCUCCCCGAAGCUAGGCUCUGCCAAGCGGCCGCACCCCGGUAACCGCCACGACUGGCGGGCUAAACCAGGUGAGGGUAUCCAGUUUAUUCAGUUUAUUUGGUAAGGAUAAUAGGCAAAGCCUUUGAAGACCCUAUUGAUUACAUGUCAGCUCAUUAUAAAUAACUGUACACGAACAAUAAUAAUAUUCUCUAUUAAAACAGUACUUGGUUCAUUUGAGUAGCAUUGUCUCAGAGAAAGUAUUUGCGGGGAAGUUGGGUAUUAGUUCAGAUUUAGACUGUCGAGGAAAACAGGGGACACAUAAUCAUCCAAGCGUUUCUUGAGGAGUUGCAGAGACGUAGCCUCCACGACUGACUGAGGGAGAUCGUUCCAUUUCUCCACUACCCUCUGCGUGAAAAAUUCAGAACGAAGAUUCAGCCUGGACAUUGUUGGCCGUAACUUCAUCGAGUGACCACGAAGAUUGGGUGAAAGAUGCCACUGAAACAUGUACCCAAAUUUAAGUCCAUGCUGAAGGCCAUGUAUUAUCUUGUAGACGAGGAUAAGAUCACCUCUUCGCUGCCUGUAACAUAGAGGAAAUAAUUUAAGGCAACUCAGUCCGUCUGUGUAGGAUUGGCUUUUUAGACCGUUUACCAGCUUUGUUGCACGCCGUUGUACCCGUUCAAGGCAUGCUUGGUCCUUUACUAGCCAUGGCCGCCAUGCUUUUAUGCCAUAUUCUAAGUGGGGCCGAUCAAAAGUGCCGUAAACUCUCCCAAAAAGGUCUUGGUCAAAGUUUACGAAAGUCCUUUUGAUUGCAUGCAGCACUCCCUUGGCGUUUUUUGCAGCCUUGUGGCACUGCAGUGUUGGUUUCAGGUUGUUCUGUAUCCAAACCCCGAGAUCCUUCUGUGCAGAUUCUGCAGGGAGCCUUAUAUCUUUCAGGUGAUAUGCCCUCAGGCUCUCAUUUGAAUGAGAGUUGGUUGGACGCAGGUGAAGGACGGCACACUUCUCCACAUUGAAAUCUAGAAGCCAUUUCUUCGACCACGCAGGCAGUCGGUGCAGAUUCUCUUGAAGGGAUCUGUGAUCGUUCGGACCCUUAAUGACUUUCCAGAGCUUAACAUCAUCUGCAAACAUUAUUUUGCCGCAGUCGAGUUCCUGAAGGCUGUCGUUAACGUAAGGAUGAAGAGCAAUGGUCCCAGAACUGAACCUUGCGGCACACCACUGGUCACGUUCACCCAUUCUGACAAAUCGUCCCCAAUACAGACACGCUGUUUCCGACCAACCAGAAACGCCCUUAUCCAGUUCAGAAGAUCUCCCCGGAUGCCGAUGGCGCUCAAUUUGUGAAGAAGCGUUGGUGCGGAACAGUAUCGAAAGCUUUGCGGAAAUCGAUGUACACGACAUCGACCUCAAAACCCUCUUCUAGAGCCCUGGUCCAGAUCUCCAUACAAGCUAGCAGAUUUGAGAGGCAGGAACGUCCUCUCCGGAAGCCAUUUUGAAAAUCCUUCAAGAUGUUAUUUUCUUCGCAAAAUUGCUGUAUAGCACUCUUUAGUAGAGCUUUCAUCGUUUUGCAAGAGAGGCGAGUUAAGCUACUAGGCCUAAAGCUGCUUACUGUCAUCCUGCUACCUCCCUUAUGCAAUGGAACGCGGUUAGCUGUCUUCCACAGAAGGGCAGCAUUCCUGUUCUCAUUGACAGCUCAAAGAGAGUUGAAAGAGGCUUUGACAGCUCCCUUGAUAGUUCCUUAAGUAUCAGCCCGGGAAUUCCGUCGGGUACAGGAGACUUAUCAGGUUUUAUUUGACUAAGGACGCGUCUUACUCCUUCGACGGAAAAGGCGACGGUUUCAAUGACGGCAAUAUCUUGGCGCAUUUGAAGUUCCCGGCUGUCGCGGUCCAUUUCAAACUGCUGAUUGCCUCCUGGGGACGCCUCCGUAAAAACCGUUUGAAAAAACUGAGACAGUAAUCGCACUUUCUGUGGCCCUUCAACUAAUAAGUUUCCGAGGCUAUCCUUAAGACACGCAAUCUCGUCACUAUGUUUCCUCCUACUGCGGAUGUAUCCGAAAAACUUCUUGGGGCAUGUAAUGGAUUCUGCUAUCAGUCGGCGCUCGAAAGAAGUUCUAGCAACCCGUAUUUGUUUGCGGCAUUUACUGCGCUGAUCCUUAUAUUCGGUGAAUGAUCUUGGAUCUCGAAGUUGCAAAUGCUUUUUCCAGAGUCGCUGUUUCUUCUUCGUGGUCUUUUUUGUCGUCGGAUCGACCCACGGCGGUCGCGCACAUGGUCUGGUCCUUUUUAUUGGGCAAUUGGAGUCAAGUAGACGCCCUAUUAUCCCGCGAAAGUACUGCCAGAAUUCGUCUGAAUCUUCUGUGUUGACCAACCAGGUUUCCUCCAAAAUAGUGCGUCUCAUUGCGUUAAAGUCACCCUUCCAAAUAUUUCUGCGCGUCUUGAUUUUUGGUUGUUGGUUGGAUAGGAGAGAGCACACGCAGGUUAAAGCAAUAUGCUCGCUUAAACUGAGUGGAGGUUGUGGAUUCACUUCCCUAAUGAGUCCUUCUUCUUUACUGAAAACUAGAUCUAAACAGUUAGAUCGUUGUCCUUCUCUCAUUCUUGUUACGAAUUUUAUGUGCUGAAUGAGGUAUUCAUUUAGGGAGAGUCGUAGUAGCUUGUGGUCACAUGACGUGGACGGGACGUUUGUUAGGGGAAUGUUCCAGUCUAUUCCUUGAGCGCUAAGGUCACCCAGAAGUAAUAAGUUCUCCCGCUUACAUAACAACUCCAGUGCACUAAGUAAUUCCAUAUCGGCGAGUUCAUUCGAGCUGGGAGGCCGAUAGACAACACACAGGUUCAGUGUCGGUAAAUUUUGAUACAUAUCUUGUAUGAAAUUAUUUCAAAAUUUCGGGGCACACCAUCGGAUAUUUCUCGCUGACAGCACGGAAUUUCAUUUGACACAUAAAUCGCUGUGCCUCCUCCUCUACGCUGAAAUCUCUCGCAAGGGAACAAUUGGUAGCCUUCAAUACUGACUUCACUACUACUUAUUUGCCCAGUCAACCAUGUCUCUGUUAGGACAAUUGUGUGUGGCUUCUGUCCAGAGACUACAAGUAUGAGUUCAUCUAGCUUGUUGAGAAGACUCUGACAGUUAGUGUAAUAGAUUUCUAGACAGCGGCCACUGGUGUGAGCAGCCUCAGGAGUUGGCACCUUUGCAUCGGUUAGGCUGUCAGAAUGGCGGCUUUGGCCAGAGAAAUGUCCUUUUGACCUGAAUUAUUUGUCCGUUCUUGAUUUGUAGGUGUGUUUCGCCACUGCUUCUCCGCCUUUCCAGCUCCGUCAUCCGCUCUUUCAUUUUCAUUCGCUCUUUUGGCUCGUAAUCCGGCUGAAUAAAAACUUCAGGAUGCUGACCCCGCAGAGAUGAUUUUCUCUGUAACAGGAGCUGGGCCUGUGCUUCAGUCUCCAAAAUGACUUUUAGGGGUCGAGGCCGGUAAUUGGAACGGGAUGCUGACUGACUCUUCCCUAUUCGGAAUGCUUUGAGAACACUAAGUGACUCAUCGUCUCUUAACAAAGCUUUCGCAUACACUUGAAGAAGUUCUAAGUCAGGCAUAACUCUCUCCUUUGAAAUUGUUGCCGUUGAUUCGGGUACUCCUUUUAUAACUACAUUUUGCUUGCGACUGAACCUAGUGCUCGUUGUUGUCGCACAUCUUUUGAGUGACUGAGCGUUCUUCUCCAGUUUACUUCUUUCGCUGGUUUCGGAUGAACUAGCUAUUGGGCUUGCGAAACUGAUAUUCGUGUGUGCUCGGAAUACACGUUGUUGGGGACUCCGCUGGGCGGUUCGUCGGAUGGAACUUCGCAUCGGCAACGUCGAUACGAGGCUUCGUCUGCUGCACCGCAGGAAGCCACGAGCUUACGGUGAUGACGUAAGCUUUUCAGGCUAAUUCGGGUCGUUUUUCCACUAACCAAAGACAUGACCCACAGUGGAGUGCUGCAGCGCCUGGCACUUUCGAGCGGCCCUAUUAAGGGAGGCACUGCUUGCCUGCAAGAGGAGGGACCAGAAAACGUGCCCCAAAGAUUGCUGGGGAACCACGUCGUCUGCAGGCUGACCGUGGUCACAGACGUUAAACUCAUGGUCGAAACAAUCAAAAUCUAAACAAAAACAACAAUACUUUCUCUCUCUCCUUCUACUCAUGUUUCAUCUUAUUCCUCUCCUCCCCCUUCUCCUCCUUUCCGCCGCCGCGCUCGCCGGACUGGUAGGAUGUGUCCGCUCACUCUGGCAACCUGGAACAUUCGUUCCCUUUUAGACAACCCUAGGAGCAACCGCCCAGAACGGUGGACGGCGCUAAUGGCUCGGGAACUAGCGCGCUACAAGGUGGACAUCGCCGCAUUCAGCAAGACCCGGUUCUCCGAACAAGGUCAGUCGGAGGAUUUGGGUGCCGGCUACACCUUCUGGAGCAGUCGCCCAAGCGCAGAGCGAUGAGAAGCGGUUUUCGACUUUGCCAUCCAGAACUACAUCGUGGGACGACUGCCCUGUCUACCGCGGGUCAUCAACGGUCGUCUGAAGAGCCUCCGCUGCCUCUUCAGGGAGGCAACUUCGCAACCAGUAUCAGCGUUUACGCUCCGCCGAUGACCAGCCCUGACGCCGCAGGGGCCAAAUUCUACAAGGACCUGCACGUCCUCCUGGCGACUGUGUCAAAUAUGAAUAAGUUGACUGUCCUUGGUGACUUCAGUGCCCGCGUCGGCACAGACCAUGCUGCCUGGAGAGGAGGGCUGGAUCCCAUUGUCUCGACGACUCCAAUGACAAUGGCCUGCUCACUCUUCGAACCUGCGCAGGAUAACCACUCAUCCUGA